GCCCCUUGGGACGUUCGAGAUCUGGAUUUCCACUGCGAGUCAAUGGCCAAGACCAAUUUGGUCGGGUGCAAUAUAAGGCCGUCGUGGUCAUUGAAGUUGUAGUUCAGCACUUGCGUCUCCUCGUCCUCCGGUCUCUACAGUCCUUAGGGGUUUCCCCUCCGUCCUUACCACAUUCAUUUUUUACCCCCACAUUCCUUACCAGCUGUUUAGCAGCAGUGCAGUCGAGAUGCUGCCUUUCUAUCUCUUUGCUUUUCUUUUGGCCGGCGCGGAAGCCGCUACAACCGCACCAUGCCAGUGCACUGGCCAAUAUGUCCAGAACAGCCAACGGUAUACCACGACGAUUACCGGUAGUGCGUCCUGCUCAGCUGUGGGACUAGCAUCGUACUGCUCUGUGCCUACGACAACUGCAGCUCCGAAUGCAGCUUCCGGUUCCCAGUGCCAGUGCUCGGCAAAGUAUGCUUCAAAUGGCCAAUACUACACGACAGCUUUCACCGGAUCUGCAAUGUGCUCUCAGGUAGGACUGGGAGCCUACUGCUCAGCUGCACCUGCGACUACUGCGGCACCCGGACCUCAAUGCGUAUGCUCGGCGAGGUAUGCCUCGAACGGCCAGUAUUUAACGACGGCGUUUACUGGUUCUUCCAUGUGCUCUCAAGUGGGAUUGGGAGCGUACUGUUCGGUACCAGCAACCACUGCAGCACCCACAGCAACUGGCGCGCCAUGUCAGUGUAGCGCCAAGUAUGCUUCGAAUGGGCAGUAUUACACGACCGCAUUCACCGGGUCUGCAAUUUGCUCUCAGGUGGGACUUGGAGCGUACUGUUCAGCACCUACCACGUCUAUGAGGGGCCCGACAUCGACUUCGGUAUCUACGACCUCCACUUCGACCUCGUCCUAUCCCACGACUUCGUCCACGACUUCCUCCGCAACCUCCACAUCCACAACUUCAUCCACUACAAGGACAUCCACAUCCAGUUCAGGACCAACCCCCACCAAAUCCAGCGGCAAGCGUGGUCUUUCCUACAACGAACCAAACUACACCGACUUCUUCUCGCUUUCCGGUCAGAGCAGCAAGGUCAACUGGGCUUACAACUGGUAUUCCUCGCCGUACUCCCCCGGAUACAGCACUGGAUACAACCCUGCCUUGACCUUUGUGCCCAUGCUUUGGAGCGGCGCCUCUGACCUCACUAGCGUGUGGGUCUCCAACGUCAACAAUGCAAUUCAAAACUAUGGUGCCGAUGCUGUCCUCGGCUUCAACGAGCCUGAUGGAUGCGAAGGUGGUGGAUCUUGCAUGGACGUUCAGACUGCCGUCAGGGUGUGGAAGCAAUACAUGGAGCCAUUCGCCGGAAGGGUCAAGCUGGGCGCACCGGCCGUGACCAACGGAGGAGCACCAAUGGGCUUCCAGUGGUACACUUCCUUUGUGAACAGCUGCACGGGUUGCCAUAUUGACUUUGUGCCGAUUCACUGGUACGGCGAUUGUUCGCAACAGUCCGGCAUCCAGGACUUUUACAACCACGUUGGGGAAGCACACGACGUUACCGGGGGGAAGCAGUUGUGGGUGACGGAGUUUGGCUGCACGACUGGCAAUGAGCAGCAAGUCCAGGCAUUCUUGAAGCAGGUGAUUCCGUGGUUGGACAAUUUGGCGUGGGUGGAUCGGUAUGCGUAUUUCAUGGGCAGGCAAGGGCUGAUGAUUAACGACGCGGGGACGGGGCUGAGCGCGCAGGGGCAGAUAGUGAAUAGUUACGUGGGGUAGAGAUGGACGUGGGAUAGGGAGGAUAGAUGUAAUGGCAUAGUAGAAGUACAUUCUGUAUCACCAC